ACACAUCUGUUGGUCGAUUGGCGCUGCCCCAUGUACAGUUCACGUUCAGCUGCAAACUGAAUAAGGUCGAGCGCUCUAUUCGUGUUGCACAAAAUAUUUUUUUUUGAUUGUUAUUCAUAACAUAGUAAAAUAAAGUUAAUCAACCAGUAAAUGAAACUGCAUAAGCAUUUUUUUUUAUUCUCGCUCAACCAAUAAUUUUCAUUCGUUGCCGCUGUCCGCAGACAUUUGUGCUACACUGUGUACUAUUGUUGUUGGAAUUUUGGAAAUUCUCCCAGUUGAAUUUGAUUAAGCGCUGCACUUGAGUGUUAUUGUUGUUGAUAUUGUUAUUCUGGUGCUUACGCCCUACGACAAAAAAAAACACAAAAGCGGCUGCUGCUGGUGAUUUUAUUCUAGCUGCAAUCGUUAAAAAUAAUUGUGCAAAAAACAGAGAUUGAAGACCAACAAGUGCGCGGCUACAAUUGCAUAUUGUCCAUGUGUGCGUGUGUGUGAGAGCGUGUAUUGUGUAUUUAUAGCAGCUGUAUUUGUGCGUGAGUGUGCGUGCCUGCGUGUUGCCUUUUUGGCAAAGUGCGUUCAACCAAUCAAAAGUGAAAUAGAAUUUGACAACAACAGCAACAGUUGAAAAGUGGAACAGUACCAAAAUAACAGAACAGCUGACAAAGAGGCGAACAGCACCGUCAAGAGCGACAGCGACAAAACGGUUGUUGUCUACUCCUUCUAUUCCUUCGUAUUCUUGCUUGGCAACAGGUGUCGACGGCUGCGCAGCUGCAUUUGCUAAAGCAACAAGAUGACCGAUUUAAAUGAACUCAUGGGCUCGCAGUUUGUGCGCGUCAAGGUCGUUGCCUUUGUGCACUUCGUUUUCAUAUCGAAUGCAAUGCUCGGCAUUUGGGGCCAUGGCGCCUACGAGUUUUACAAUUUCCUUUUCAUUAUUGCUAUGUUCUGGGCGAUACACAGCAAGGAUUCCAUUGAGGCGGUGCAAACGGCGCUUGUGAUCGAUGCCUUAAGCAUAUUCCUUGAUAUAGUCAACAUAAUCAUUAGUUUCAACUUCAUGAAUGGCUGGGCCGUUGCAUUUACCAUCAUCAAUCUGAUACUGCGUCCGCUGAGCGUUGCUCUGCUCUAUCGCGAGUUCAAUACGCGCGGCGGCAGCCUGCAGACCGGCUCCGUUUUCCCCACCAACCAGCAGCGCAGCUACCAGGACAUAGAUCGACCCACGCAGCCGACACCCACCAAUUCGCAGCCGGGACCCAACGUGGUGAGCAUUUUCUAAGCGUCAGCCUAAGGCGUCAGCCUUCCUCAACUCACACUGCGGAUUUGGCCUCGAAAUCAGUUACAGAAAAUGCGAAAAUAAUACAAAGAAAAUACCCCAUAUACUCCUUUACGCAGCGUGAACGUGCUCGCGCCAGUCGCUGAGCAAAGAAAGUAUAUUCUUUUAAUAAUAUUAUUAAAAAAAAGUAAUUUUUUUUUUGUUAUGUCCUAGCUUUAAGAGCGUUACAAAAGAUAUAUAUGUAGAAACGUAUGUAGUCUAGAAAGCCAGAUACACUUUUCUUCUUUCUCUUCAUCUAUACACUCUAAAGACAAAUU